UCAGGUAGAGACUCCACCCAUGAGAGGGUGAUUGAGGUUAUUAUGAUGGACGCUGUACCUGCGCUCAGGUAGAGAGAGCGGUUCCACUCUAGCUGAAGAUGGGAAUUGGCCGCGAGUCGCUCAGGAUAAAAACGCAUCCCAGCGCCUGACCCUGAUUUAAACUCCGCGGCUUUUUAGUCUGCUCACUUAGAGCUGACGGCGGCUUUAGCAAAAACCUGAGAGAGAGGGGAAAAAGCAAAGAAAAAUGACUUCAUAAUUUUAACCUGUUUCCAUACGGACGCUGCCCUGAGAUGAACGAACAGCGGAAAGUGAAGCUGUUUUCUCUGUGGACGCUUUUCUUCCUCAGACUGGUCGUAUUUCCAGGAUUCCUUUGCCAGGUAUCAAAAACAGAAAAUAACUUGAAUAGGAGAGUUAAUGCACUGCGCCAGAAACGAGAUCUCUUCCGUGAGGAGGCCGUCAGUGCAGCGCUGUCUGACUCAGCUCUCCAUCGAAGUGUCCUGCGUAAUUAUACAGCUCGAGAUGCAUCUGCAGAGUAUUGCGGGUGUCUUAAUGGCGGCUGGUGUCAGGAGGGGGGGCAGUGUGACUGUGCACAGUUCCAGGCUCUGGGAGACCGCUGUCAGAUCAUUCCCAACCUCGGGCAGGACCGGGAUGGGAUUUGUCGCUCAUGGGGUCAGCACCAUUUUGAGACAUUUGAUGGAAUGUACUACUACUUCCCUGGAACAUGUUCAUAUAUCUUGGCCAAAGACUGUCACUCAGCAGAGCCCCGGUAUACUGUGUGGGUUCACAACAGUCGUUCAUGUCGUGGCUCAGUGUACUCUUGUCCUCGUUCUCUCAGUCUCUUCUUUCCAAACGAGGAGGAGAUCCACAUUAGAGGCUACCGGGUGCUGAAGGGGGAACAGAGACUAAGUUUGCCCCAGACGGUUCAUAAUGUCUUUAUCGAGCGACUCGCUGACUACAUCCUGGUGAAGAGCACAUUUGGCUUCUCUCUGGCCUGGGAUGGAAGCUCCGGGGUCUACCUCAAAAUGACAGAGGAGCACAAAGGCCGGCCUUGUGGCCUGUGUGGAAACUUCAAUGAUGACGGAUCAGAUGAUCUCACCAGCAGCCACGGUAUAAAAUCGGAAGACGUUGCUGAGUUUGGGAACAGCUGGAUUGUGGACCUUCCUCAUGAGCCACGCUGUCCUACUAUAAAUGAUGACUUUCCUGGACCAUGUUCAUCUGAGUCUGAAAUGGAUGAUGCCAUUGAGAAGUGCAGUGCUUUGCUUUUCUUUCCUUUUAUCUCCUGCCAUGAGAACAUAGAUCCCAAUCCAUUUGUUGCCAGCUGUGUUUCGGAUCUAUGCGUCUCACAUGAUGAAGAAACGUUUUGCCGGACACUAGUCGAAUACACCAGGGCCUGCUCCCAUGUUGGUUAUCCAGUCCGAGAAUGGAGAGACAGCUUCCCUACAUGUGCGGAUGGAUGUGAAGAUAGCUUUGUCCAUAGAGACUGUAUCAGUUGCUGCCCCCCCACCUGCACUUUUGAAAAAGAAUGUCUAGGCACCAACCUGCACUGCCUGGAUGGAUGCUACUGCCCCGAUGGGUUGAUUCUACAGAAUGGAACUUGUAUAGCGGUGUCUCAGUGUCCAUGUGUAUAUCAUGGCACAGCUUAUCCUUUGGGUCAUGUUCUGGAGCAAGGCUGUACUGUCUGUGUCUGCAUGGGAGGAGUAUGGAACUGCACUGAAAACAAUUGCACUUCGGAGUGUACAGUGAUGGGUGACACACAUGUGACCACGUUUGAUGGGCGCAUUUAUAUGCAUACGGGCAAAUGCCAGUAUGUACUAGUGAAGAGCCGUGGCAACACCAGGUUUACUGUCACAGUGCAAUACGCAGCAUGUGGAGAGUCUCAGGAAGAUUCCUGUAGUCACUCAGUGACUCUUGUGGUGGAUGAAGACGUAAGCAGGCAAGUCACCCUCAACAGAGAAGGAGAGGUCAUUAUUGGAGCGAGCAUGAUUGUCAGUCUACCUUACUCAGAUGACGUAGUGGCUGUGCGCAGGCUGACAUCUGUGUUCAUGGGCCUGCGGGCUUCCUUUGGACUGAAGCUGCAUUAUGACUGGCGGGGUGGGCGAAUCUACCUGCAGCUGGACAGCACAUGGACAGGCCGCACCCUCGGACUCUGUGGAACACUUAAUGGCAACCUGCGAGAUGACUUCCUCUCUCCAGCUGGUAUGAUAGAAGGUACACCACAGCUGCAUGCAAAUGCAUGGAAAGUGUCUUCAGCAUGUAUCAGCCCUGUUAACAUCCCUAUCAUUGACCCCUGCGAGAUGAACCAACAAAACGUAUUCUAUGCAUCAUUGUGUGAUAUUCUGACUGGAGACGUGUUUGCUGCAUGCCAUGCAUACGUGAGUCCUGGUGUGUACUACCAGCAGUGCCGCUUUCAAGCCUGUCGGUGUGGCAGUGGCUGCCUGUGCACUGCGCUCGCCCAUUACGCCUACGUCUGCUCCAAACACCACAUCAACAUCUACUUCAGAGCACAUGUCUCUGAAUGUGGCAUGGUCUGUUUAGGGGGAAUGAUGUACCACCCUUGCACGACUUCAUGUGGGAGAACAUGCCAGUCAGUGAGUAGUGGUGAAGUGUGUGAUGGAGACUGUGCUGAAGGAUGUGGCUGCAUGGAUGAGAUGUUCUAUGAUCACGCACGUCAGCGCUGUGUACCCCUAUCUCAGUGUCACUGUUACUUCAUGGGUUCAGUCUUUCAGCCAGGAGAAGUGUCCUUCAGCUCCUCUGGGCCUUGUCUCUGCAGAAAUGGUCGUAUGGAGUGUGUGCCUGAAGAAAGAGAGCCUGAGACAGAUGAUUGUCCAAAUGGAAAAGUGUACUACAACUGCAGGGGUCCCCAGGGUGCAGGGCCAUCUGGCGUGGGCGUGGCCUGUGAACUCACCUGUAGGAACCUAAUGCUGAACCUUACGUGUCCUCCUAUGACCCCCUGUGUGUCUGGAUGUGGCUGUCCAGCAGGGUUGGUUGGUCAUAAUGGAGAGUGCUAUUAUCCAGAAAACUGUCCAUGUGCCUGGCUUGGUCUGGAGUAUCUUCCAGGAGAGACAGUGGAUACGCCUUGUUACCGCUGUGUGUGUCAUCGUGGGUUCUUUAAUUGCACAUACUUUCCCUGUCCGGCUGUGUGCACUGUCUACAGUGACCGUCAUUACUACACAUUCGACGGCCUGGAAUACGACUAUGCUAGUGAUUGCCAAGUUUACCUUAUAAAGAGCGUAGGUGAUACAGAGAUUUCUAUUACAGCUCAGAAUAAAGACUGCUACGAGAGUGGAAUAGUCUGCAUGAAGACCCUGCUCAUCUAUGUUGGCCUCACUAAAAUCUACUUCAAUGAUAACUCAGGCAGACCUAGCCCCUCUACUGUGGUUGGACGAGGGUACGAAUUUGAGCUGUGGACCGCAGGCUACUACACUGUGGUCCAUUUCCCCAACCAUGACUUGACUGUACUGUGGGACAGAAAAACAACCAUCCACAUUCGCGCUGGGCCACGAUGGAAGGGUCAGUUCAGUGGCAUGUGUGGGAACUUUGACAUGGUGACAGUGAAUGACAUGACCACAGCGGGGCACAUGGAGGUCAGCAAUGCUCAGGCUUUUGGAAACAGCUGGGCUCUUGGCCAGUGUGAGAGUGAUUUUAUAGUGCGCAGACCAUGUGAAGGGGACCUGAGCAGACAGCCAUACGCUAAGCGAGAGUGUGGCCUUCUCUACAGUGACGUUUUUGCUUCAUGCCACAAUGUGGUGGAUGUGACCUGGUUUUAUAAAAACUGCCUGACAGACACCUGCAACUGCAAUCGAGGGGGCGACUGCGAGUGUUUGUGCACCAGCAUUGCCGCGUACGCGCAUAAGUGCUGCCAACACGGCGUCACGGUACACUGGAGAUCUCCCACUGUCUGCCCAUAUGACUGUGAAUACUACAACCAAGAGCUGGGUGAGGGUCCAUUCACUUUGUCUGCCACUGAACUGAAUGAUUCAGUGUGUGUGUUUGGAGCGAAUGUCAGUAGUGGAGAGGUGUUUCCUCUGCCGAAGACUAGUGCUCAGCCAACUGCCAUCUUCAACCUCAUGAUCACCAGUGGACUUUACAAGGACCGAGCUUCACGACUCCCCGUUGUCUCACUGGAGUCUGCCGAGCGCCCAAACUACUUCCUGUGUGUCACACCCAGUCGCGUUGUGCGCCUGGAGCGCUGGAGACCCGAUGAGGACUUUCGUCGCCAGGCAACCUUCAUUCAUCACCAGGGCUUGUGGUUACCCGGGCGAUCCUCCUUUGAGCUGCACAGCCAGAAGGGUGUCUUCAUUACACUCACACACACACAUGCACGUGCACAGAGCUACGACAACUCAUACUUUUUCAAGGCCAGCAGCAGUUUUACCAUUGAGGAGAGCAGUUUUGUGAUUCCUUAUCGACUGAUGUGUGAGUGGAAGUACCAUGCAUGUGCCAGCGCAUGUGUAAAAACAUGCAGUGAUCCUGAUGCCACACGCUGCCAGUUCUUGCCUCUUGUGGAAGGCUGUUUCCCCCGCUGUCCGAAAACCAUGGUGCUGGAUGAAGUCACGAGGAGGUGUGUGUACCUAGAAGACUGCAUAACACUUUCACCAACUCCUACUCCUUACAUGUUUGUGACUCGAUCUAACAGAACCACCAGAGCUCCUACCACGAUGAUUCCGACAACUGUGACUACAGCCCCGACCACCACAACUACCAUGACUGCUCCCACAACGACCACAACGACCACUCCUCCCACCACUGCAGGCACCACUAGCACGACUGCGGCUCCUACUUCAGCCCCCACCACGUCUACCUUUAUUACAACAACUCUUGAAAUUCUUACAUCCUCUCCACCAAUCACAGAAAGCCCUUUUGUUACCUCAACCAUGCCCACCACUAAGCCAACCACACCACCUACAACUACCUCUGUUACCACUACAUCACCGCCACCCACCACUACAGAGAUCUUGACCACAACUGAGGAAACAACCACUUCCAUCAUCACUACCACAACUCCUUUCACCACUCAUCCCAUUACAACAACAACCCCUCUUAUCACCACAGAGAUGGCCCCUGUUUCCACGGUAACCGAGGAGGACUUUAUUUUGACGUCGACAGCAGGAACACCCCCAGAGCCAACAUCCACUGCCCCCUCCUUGUCUCCCACAACGCUCAGACCAACAACCACCCUUCCUGCAUUCGUGAUCCCCACUGGACCCUGCACGCCUCCAUUCUCUGUGCGAGUUGAUGAGUGCAGUGAGUACAUUUGCUUUAAUGGGCAGCUGAUGCUAUACAACUCCUCCCAGCACUGCAGAUUCAACAUCACCCAACCGCAGUGUAACCUACUGGGCAUGCCCAUUCAGAUCAACACAGACCCCUGCUGUCCACUGUGGCGCUGUCCCUGCCGCUGCUCUAUAAUCUCAGACCUUCGUGUGAUCACGUUUGACGGGAACAAUGUUGCUCUGUAUGAUAACGGCUCCUAUAUACUGGUUCACCUGCCUCGAGAGCACAUUGUUGGACAUGUCGAGAAAUGCCCCACCAGUGAGAGUGUGAACUACAUUAGACGACCUACUCCUACAGGUGGAACCUCUGGCCUAUGUUUUAAGAAGUUGAACAUAACCACUCAUGCCUACAGGAUCAUGAUCAGUCGCCUUGACCGCAAGGUAUCUGUGAACCAGAUCACAGCUCGGCUGCCGUUCACCAGAUUAAACCUGCAUAUCGAUGACACAGGGACCAUGUACAUCAUUCACACCCCCAGUGGAAUCAGUAUCCAGUGGUACCACAGCACCGGCAUCAUGGUCCUACAGUACGGCGCCCCCGAUAACACCUCCACCAGAGGCCUCUGCGGCUGCUGUGACGGUAACCCAGCAGAUGACUUACGUUUGCCCAACGGGACUGUGAUGCGAAACGUGGAGGACAUCCCUGUGUUUCUUCACAGCUGGAUGGUGGACACAUCCGAGGAGACGGAUUACUUCCGGAGAGUGGGAGACAACUGCACCACGGGAAACUGCACAAAAUGUUUUCAAAUGCUCAACCAGAGCCCCUUCUCCAAGUGUCACCACAAGGUUUCACCAGAGCAGUUCUGUGACAAAAUCUGGGCAGGUGACCUGCACUACAAGGAGCACGAGUGUGACUUUCUUGCUGCUUAUGUGGCCAUCUGUUACACUCACCAGAUCUGCUUCAGCUGGAGGACAAGCAACUUCUGCCCUCUGAAAUGUCCUCCUGGUAAAGAAUAUAAGCCAUGUGUGAACACAUGCAAGACGAUGACGUGUCAGAAUCGAGAUUAUUAUGAGGAAAGCACCUGUUCCUCCAUUCGAGAGGAGUGUGUAUGUAAGAGUGGUACCAUCCUGCACCGAGCCGACUCCGCAUACUGUGUCACUGAGGACCAAUGUGUGUGUACGGAUAACGAUGGUUCGCCGCGGGCCCCAGGGGAGGUGUGGAAUGGUUCUCUGCGAGGCUGCUGUCUGUUCACCUGCCUGGAGAAUGGCAGUGUCGUCCCGGUGGAGCCCGAGUGUCCUCCUGAGCCUGCCCCUCUGUGUGAGCGUGAGGGCGAAUACUACAUCGAUGUGCUGGAAGAGGGUGCUUGCUGCCCAAAAAAGAUUUGCGAGUGUAACAUAACCAUUUGCCAGAAUGACAUUCCUUCCUGUGGGAUUGGGAACAAGCUGGUGAUUGGCUAUAGCACCCUCUCCUGCUGUCCCGAAUAUCGAUGUGAAUGUGAUCCACUGUCCUGUCCCAGUGUCCCAAUGCCAGAAUGCAAAGAGGACCAGUUCUUGGUGGAGGUCAGAGGGCAGCAUGCCUGCUGCUAUAACUAUCUAUGUGUGUGUGAGUCUUGUAUGGAGCCCAUCCCAGUAUGUCUGCCUGGAGAGAUUCUGGUUGUGGAUAUGAACACUACUCAUCAUUGCUGCCCCCAUUAUCGCUGUGUGUGUGAUGUGAGCCUGUGUCCUGAGCCCAGCAUUAGCUGUGUUACUGGUACUGCACUUGUUAAGACGCCUGUACCUGGCAGCUGCUGUCCAGACAUUCACUGUGAGUGUCAGUGUGACAGUAUUGCACGGCCUCAGUGCACUGUGGGAGAAAUUCAAGUGGAGGAGCCAGAUCACAGCAGUACCUGUGGCUGCAUUCAGUACUUGUGCAAGAAGGCAGAUGUAUGUUUAUUUCAGGGAGUGACUGUGCUGAGUCCAGGCCAGUCCAUGGUGCAGUACGUUGAAGGAGAGCUGUGCUAUACUGUGCAGUGCCUCACACACAGAGACCCCAGCACCGGUUUCUAUGCCAUGGAUGUGACCACUUCAAACUGCUCUGAAAAGUGUGAGCCUCACCAGGUGUAUGUCCCGUCCUCUGACCCGCAUGUGUGUUGUGGCUCGUGUAAAAACGUCUCAUGUUCAUUUACCAGUGAGAACGGAACUACAGAAGUAUUUACGGCAGGUAGCUCUUGGGUGUCUAAUUGCACACGUUUCGACUGCAUUGAGACAGCGGUGGGAGCGGUGAUUCUCGCCUCUGGAGUCGUCUGCCCUCCGUUCAAUGACACAGAGUGUAUUCAGAAUGGUGGUGUGGUGCAGACCUACGUUGAUGGCUGCUGCAAGACAUGUGCUGGACUUGGUUUGUUACCUUUUUCCAUUAGUCCUGUAACUCCCACUGCUAGUACUAACUGUGACACAGGUAAAGAGGAUGGUAAAACAUGCAAAAGGGUUGCCAUCAGGACCACUAUCAGGAAAGAUGACUGCAGAAGUAAUGCACCAGUAACAGUAUACUCCUGUGAUGGGAAGUGUCCUUCUGCCACCAUAUUUAACUUCAACAUAAACAGCCAUGCACGUUUUUGCAAGUGCUGUCGUGAAAAUGGCCUACAGAACCGCGUCAUCCAGCUGUACUGCACUCGCAAUGCUACUUCUGUGGAAUACAACUUCCAGGAGCCGAUGGACUGCUCAUGCCAGUGGAACUAAUAACUGAUACCAGUUUGUAGAUGUGCAGUACCUUGGCAUUUUCAUCUCUAUAUACCCUCUCAGUGGACGUGCUCAGUUAAUACCACACAGAUCAGUACAACCACAAACUACUAACUCCAUAUUUAUAUAUAUAUUUUAAAUUCUGAAUUAACAAUCUUGGGAAUAUUACAUAAUCACGUAGUCAGUAGAUGAAUGUAUGACUAAUAAUCAGUCAGCUUAUAUAUGUCAAUAUAUAAGGAAUAAUAAAAGAAAUAAUGUAUGUGCCCAAGUACAGGUUAUUAAUAUCAAUAUAUCAUGCAGUUUUGUUUCUCAAAAAUAUUUUGAAGCAAAAUUGAUUCUUGCACCUUGCAUGUAAUUAAGUAACCUAGGUAAGUCAGUAGUAUUUUAGAUGCCUUUUCAGAUUUUUGUAUCUUUUUUAACCUCUUGUUUUAUUUAAGAAAUAACUGUACUUUUUGAACAAUUUGCCAUCAACAUUUUUUAAAAAACACUUAAACCCCCUACAGGGAUAAAUAAAUAAGCCAGAUUUGUGAAAGUCUGAAUUCUAUUAAACUGAAAAUGUGCCAUUUCUCUUGUGAUCUGAGAGUUGAUACCCUGUUACAGGUGUAGCUGAGAACUCUUUCACAAAAAAUGUUGAAAUCCAUUCCAGAGUUCCAAGCUCUAGCACACAGGCAGAUAUCAAAAAUAGACAUCCAGAGACAGGUAGGCAAAGAUCAAAACCAGAGAACAACCCAUGAUCAAGAAUAAACAAUACAAAGUGCUAAAAAACCAUAUGUGGACACCUGACUAUCACCCAUAUGUGGUUCUUCCACAAGCUGUUGCCACAAAGUUGGAAGCACACGAUUGUAUAGAAUGUCUUUGUAUGCUUGUAGCAUUAUAAUUUCCCUUCACUGGAACUAAGAAGCCCAAACCUGUUCCAGCAUGACAAUGCCCCUGUGCACAAGGCGAGCUCCAUGAAGACGUGGUGUGUGAAGGUUGGAGUGGAAGAACUCGAGUGUCCUGCACAGAGCCCUGACCUCAACCCCACUGAACACCUUUGGGAUGAAC